AACUGUGCUGGCUGGGCAAGAGAGAAAGAAAAUAUUUAUAUUUUUGGAGAUUAUAUCGAAGAUGCCUAGUACCUGUUGUGCUGUAGGAUGUACGAAUAGAAAAACUGAGGAAAGUAGCUUACAUUUUUAUCGAAUUCCUCCACCUUCAAAUCCUGAAAGAAGGCAGAAAUGGAUAGCAGCAGUUGGAAGAAAAGAUUGGCACGAACUUCAAAUCAACAAUGCUAGGUUGUGUAGUGAACACUUUAUUUCUGGCAAAAAAUCUGAAAAUAAACUUGAUCCAGAUUAUAUUCCAACACGAUUCUUUCAUUUGGAAUCCAAUGAAAGAACAUUCCAUCAGAAAAAAAAAAGAUUUGAACGUAUCUCUAAACGUCGCGAAGUUAAAGAAUCCACUUCUUCUACUAGCAGCACACUCCAGAAUGAGAAUGAAUUUAUUGAUGCUGUUGAACCUGAUUUUGUUGAUUUUAAAAAUUUAUUUGAACUAGAAAAAAGCAAGACCAAUGACUUAGCUGCUCAACUGGAAAAGAAAAAGAAACUCAAGAAAUUAAAAUCUGAAUCGUUUGGUUAUGAAAGUAUAAAGUCCAAUCCAAAAAAACACCUCUUUUAUACUGGCAUUAUAAGAGACAUAUUUCAAUUGCUUUUCAAGCAUUCGAAGUUACCUAUAAUUUCAAAAAAGUUGCAAUCUGAAGAUCACCUCCUACUGGUUUUGAUGAAGUUGAGACUUGGUAUCAAAAAUAAAGAUUUGGCAUACAGGUUCAAAGUUGCUGAAUCUGUGGUAUCUAAAAUCCUUCGCACAUUGUUGCCUGUUUUUUCAAAGUUUAUGUUGAACAAUUUUUUUUCAUGGCCUGAAAAAGAAGCUCUUCGGAAGAAUUUACCUGAAUGCUUUCGCAAAAAGUAUACCAGAUGUGUGUGUAUUAUCGACUGCACUGAGAUUUUUACAGAACGUCCUUUGGGAUUAAAUGCAAGAGCACAAACAUGGUCUAACUAUAAAAAUCACAACACCAUAAAAUAUCUUGUUGCUUGCUCACCAACUGGAGCUGUCACUUUUAUGUCUGGAGGAUGGGGUGGUCGAGUUUCAGACAAGGAGAUAACCGUAAAAUGUGGGUUUCUUGAUUUGAUUGAACAUGGGGACCAGGUUUUGGCUGAUAGAGGUUUUACUGUUAUGGAGGAAGUAGCUACAAUGGGUGGUAUAUUAGAGAUUCCUUCAUUUACCAAGGGGAAAUCACAGUUGUCAGGUGGAGAGGUUGACCACAGUCGUCAAAUCGCCAAUGUGCGUAUUCACAUUGAAAGAGUUAUAGGGAGAAUGAGAAAAUUUAAUAUCUUGAAUACGCUCAUACCGCUAACUCAAGUUGAUCUACUGGAUGAUAUUAUGGUUUGUGUAGCUGGAUUGGUUAAUUUUCAUGUCACACAAGAGAUUCAGAUUUACUUAGAGAAAAACAAAUGUUUCUACAUAAUAAAGAAUAACACAAUUUUCUUUUACAUGCAACUCGAUUAG